AUGUCAAAAAUAGAAUCAGCUAAAAAAUUAGCAGCAUAUAAAGCAGUUGAUGAAAAUUUACCACCAAAUGCUAAAAUUAUAGGAAUAGGAUCUGGAUCAACAGUAGUUUAUGUAGCUGAAAGAAUAGGACAAUUAGAAAAUAAAGAUCAAUUUAUAUGUAUCUCUACAGGGUUUCAAUCAAAACAAUUAAUUAUAGAUAAUGGUUUAACUUUAGGACAUAUUGACCAACAUCCAAAUUUAGAUAUUGCAUUUGAUGGAGCAGAUGAAGUUGAUUCAAAUUUAAAUCUUAUAAAAGGUGGAGGUGCUUGUUUAUUCCAAGAAAAAUUAGUUGCUUCUGCAGCCAAAAAAUUAAUUAUUGUAGCUGAUUAUAGAAAACAAUCUAAAUUUUUAGGUGAAAAUUGGUCACAAGGUAUACCUAUAGAAGUUGUACCUAUAGCAUUUACAAUAGUUAUUGAAGCUUUGAAAAAAUUGGGAGCAAAAAGAGUAGAUUUAAGACAAGGUGGUAAAGCUAAAGCUGGACCUGUAAUAUCUGAUAAUAAUAAUUUUAUAUUAGAUGCUGACUUCGGGGAGAUUAAAAAUCCAGAAGAAUUACAUUUACAAAUAAAAAAUUUAGUUGGUGUUGUUGAAACUGGAUUAUUUACUAAUAUAACUGAAAAAGUUUAUUUUGGUGAAGAUAAUGGUGAUAUAAGUAUAUGGGGUGGUAAAGCUAAAAUUGAAACUGUUAUUGAAGAAUCAAAUUGA